CAGUUGGUCAUCAUGAGGACCUCAGUGUUACUUGUUGUGUUAGUCUUCAUUCCUGCACUGUCCCAGUGUUCCCCUUUAUAUGUAUUGACUGCCCCAAGCGUUCUGCGAAUUGAAAGCGAGGAAAAUGUGGUUGUGGAAGUUCACGGAAGCAACGAACGCUUAGCUGUUGAAAUUCGUUUACAAUUUUUCCCGAAAAAUAGUAUAGUAAUAUUUAGAGCUAAUGGCAUUUUAGAAAAUAAUAAUAAUUACCAAGUUUCAGUGCCUAUUAAGAUACCCAGCAAUAGAAUUCCCAAAGAUACAAUGUUACCUGAAUAUGUAGUGGUGGAAGCAGUAUCAAAAACAUUUCACUUGGAGCGAAACAUCCUUAUUUCAUACCAAAUAGGACACAUAUUCAUACAGACUGACAAACCAAUCUAUACACCAACUCAGACUGUUCUUUACCGUUUGCUUACUGUGAACAAUGAAAUGAAGCCCGCCAAAAAAACUACUCUUGUUGAUUUUGUGAAUCCACAAAAUGUUAUUGUCAAGAGGGAAGAGGUAUUUGCCAAAGAUGCUACUGGCAUUACUGGAAGCACCUUUAAAAUACCCGAGAUUGUGAAUAUUGGAGUGUGGAAGAUUGCUGCAAGCUACAAAGAAGCCAGCCAUGUAAAUUACACCACUGAAUUUGAAGUUAAGGAAUAUGUGUUACCGAGUUUUGAAGUUACCCUCGAAACGGAAAAGCAUUUUUUCUACGUUGAUGAUAAUAAUUUGGAUGUUUCAGUCACUGCAAGAUUCACUUAUGGAAAGCCUGUUGAGGGUCGUGCAUUUGUUAUGUAUGGAAUAAUGAAGGAUGGCGAAAGGAUAGGAAUUCCAUCAUCACUUCAAUCAAUAGAGAUUACAGAUGGGCAAGGAGAUGCUACCAUGACGAGUGCAAUGUUCAAAGCCAGCUUUCCCAACAUUUAUGAACUUGUGGGAUGCUCAAUCUAUAUUACUGCUAGUGUCAUAACGCACACAGGUAGUGACAUGGUCGAAGCAGAAAAAUUAGGAAUUAAAAUAGUCACCACCCCGUAUACCAUAUCAUUCACCAAGACUUCCAAGUAUUAUAAGCCUGGAAUGCCAUUUGAUUUAAUGGUCUACGUAACAAACCCUGAUGGUUCACCAGCCAAUGGAAUCCCUGUGACAGUCAAUAGCGGGCACAGCCAUUCAAAAACCCAACAUGAUGGUCUUGCCAGGUUGACACUAAAUACAGUUGGGGAGUCACAGCUUCUAGCAGUAAAAGUUGAAACAAAUGUUGCCAAUACUCCUAAAAAUCGUCAGGCCUCUGCAAGUAUGGUGGCGCAACCAUAUAAGACGCAAGGUGGUUCAGUAAACUACUUGCACAUUGGUAUUCAACCAGCAGAACUAAAUCCUGGAAGUAAUUUAGUAGUUCAUCUCAGUCUCCGUAAUGACAAUGCAGAUAUCCAGAACCAGAUAAAGUAUUUCAGCUACAUGUUGAUAAACAAAGGAAAGAUUGUGGCAGUUGGACGACAGCCAAGGGAGGUUGGCCAAAUUGUGGUGAACAUGCUCAUUCCAGUCACUCCUGACUUAAUACCAUCCUUCAGACUGCUGGUCUAUUACUACCUGACAAAGGGACCAGCAAUAGAAAUCGUUGCUGAUUCUGUAUGGGUUGAUGUGAAAGACACAUGCAUGGGAAAAUUGGUAGUGUCUGCUGCAAACAAACACGAUGAAAAUAAGAUUUACAAACCUGGCAAACAGUUUCAACUGAAAAUCACAGGUGACUCUGGGGCAACAGUUGGUCUCGUUGCUGUGGAUAAAGCUGUGUUCAUGUUGAAUAAGAAAAAUAAAUUGACGCAGAGCAAGAUCUGGGACAUUGUGGAGAAGAAUGACAUCGGCUGCACGCCUGGAAGUGGCAGUGAUGUUCUUGGUGUUUUCACAGAUGCAGGAUUAACAAUUGUAACAAACAGCAACCUCAAGACGGCUACAAGAACAGACCUGAAGUGCAAACAGCCAAUGAAACGUAGACGUCGUGCAACAAGACUUAUGGAUGUUAAGAUCGCUAAAUUGAAUCAGUACAAGGCGAAAAUAUUAAAUAAAUGCUGCAACGAUGGAAUGAAACGAAACCCCAUGGGGUUUUCAUGUGCACGCAGAGCAAGGAGAAUAACACAACGGGAAGACUGUAAAGCCGCCUUCCUGGACUGUUGCAACCACAUCCAAAAAUUUAAGGAUCUGCAGAAGCGUAGUCAAAUGACUUUAGCAAGAAGUGAUGAUGAUGACUACUAUUCUCCCUAUGAGGAUAUAAUGUCCAGAAGUGACUUCCCAGAAAGCUGGCUCUGGAUACUGAAGUCUCUACCCAUAGAUAACAAUAACGGAGUUGUGACAAAGGAUGUAAAUGGUUACCUUAAAGACUCUAUUACUACUUGGGAAAUACAAGCUGUCAGUGUGUCUCCACAGAAAGGAAUAUGUAUUGCUCAACCUUAUGAGCUGACAGUGCAGAAGGAUUUCUUCAUUGAUCUUCGACUUCCAUAUUCUGUCGUCCGCAAUGAACAAGUGGAAAUUAGAGCGAUCCUGUACAAUUACGAUGAAGAAGAGAUUCAAGUGCGUGUAGAGAUUCCAUACAAUGAAAAUAUCUGCAGCGGUGCAAAGCCGACAAAGCGAUUCAGAACAACAGUAAAAAUCCCUGGGAAAGGGUCCGUUGCUGUGCCUUACGUCAUAGUUCCACUAAUAAUUGGACAAAUCGAUAUAGAAGUUAAAGCUUCAGUCUAUGACAAACUUGUGACUGAUGGUGUGAGAAAAUCCCUUCGUGUGGUGCCAGAGGGAAAGAAAAUUGACUGUCCCGUGCAAACUUAUGAAUUGGAUCCCAAAGGUAAGCAACAAACAAUUGAUAUUGAUAUCAAAGUCCCAGGUGAUGUUGUUCCAGAUACGGAGCCAUUAUCAUUCAUCAGUGUUCAAGGAGACAUUUUAGCCCAAGCAAUUGAAAAUUCCAUUGAUGGGGCCAAACUGAAACAUCUAAUUAGAGUUCCUACUGGCUGUGGAGAGCAGAACAUGGCAUCGAUAACCCCAGGAGUGAUUGUUACCAACUUUCUGGACAAAACGAGGCAGUGGGAAAGAGUGGGAAUGGAUAAGCGAGAAGCUUCAGUGAAGAACAUUCAAACAGGCUAUGCUCAGCAAUUGGCUUAUCGCCAACAAAGUGGUGCUUAUGCAGCAUUUACAUCUCGAGAACCGAGCACAUGGUUGACUGCUUACGUGGUGAAAGUAUUUGCAAUGUCAUACAAUUUCAUCACAAUUGAUCCAAAUGUUCUAUGUGGAGCUGCAAAGUGGCUGAUAUUAAAUAAACAGAAGCCUGAUGGUUCGUUCAAAGAAGAUGCUCCCGUAAUUCAUGGAGAGAUGAUUGGAGGAGUCAAGGGAUCGGAAAGUGAUGCUUCACUGACUGCAUUUGUACUCAUUGCAUUGGUUGAGUCUAAGGCUGUUUGUUCUCCUUAUAUGGAGAGUUAUGAAGACAGCGUCCAAAAAGCAGGACACUACCUGGGCAAUCGAUUUAAUAAUCUGAAGAGACCAUACUCUGUGGCAAUAACAGCCUAUGCACUCUCAUUAUUGAACAUCAACAAACUGGACACCCUGAUGAAAUUUGCUUCAGGAGGUAAGGCAACAAUGGUUGCUCUACAAGCUCUAGCCAAAUAUCAGAUGGAUAUUCCUCAAGUGAAGGAAAUUGAUUUGGAUGUCAGUGUCACCAUUCCCGGCAGGAACAGACCUAUUCAAUGGCGUUUUGACUCAUCAAAUAAAUAUGUAGCAAAGUCUGAAAGGAUGAGUGCCCUUGAAAAAUUUACAAUACAAGCAAAAGGAAAAGGACAAGGAACAGUGAAAGUUCUAACUAGUUAUCAUGCUCUGGUGUCCAAGCAAGUAAAAAAAUGCAAGAAAUUCGAUGUGCGAGUAAGUGUGCAAGAGGUGCCUCAAGCUGAUCGACCCCAAGAUGCUCUGAAUUCUCUGGCGAUAAACAUCUGUGCACAAUAUCGUGGCAAUUCAGACUCCUCCAUGGCCGUUGCAGACAUAUCCAUGCUGACAGGAUUUGCUCCAGAUAUGCAAGACCUUGAAUUGCUUCGAGAUGGAGUUGAUAAAUAUAUAUCAAGAUUUGAACUAGACAGGGCAUUAUCAACCCAAGGAUCAUUGAUUAUUUAUUUGGAUUCGAUUUCACACUUAGAAGAAACUUGUUUUGGAUUUAAAGUACAUCAGUUCUUCAAAGUUGGACUUAUUCAACCAGCUUCUGUUAAAAUUUAUGAAUAUUAUGAUACAGAGAACAGUUGCACUAAAUUCUACAAUGUCGAUGGAAACAGUGCCAUGCUUAGCAAAAUCUGUCAAGGUGAAGUUUGCAGAUGUGCAGAAGGAAGUUGUAUAUCAGUUAAGUUGCCUGAACACCGUAUCUCUUACACAGAUCGUGAGGAUAAAGCAUGUUACCAUGGAACAGAUUAUGUUUACAAAGUGACGUUUAACAAGAAGGAAAAGAGAGACAGUUACAUAUACUACGAAGUAGAGGUUAAGUCUGUCAUAAAGCAAGGAAGCGAUGAUGUAAUGGAUGGACAAGUCAGAGAACUAAUCAUUCAUGACAACUGUGAAGGAACAUUUAAUGUGGACUCGGAAAAUGAUUAUCUACUGAUGGGGCAGGGAUCAGACUUGUGGAGUGAUGGUAAAAGGAUCAAUUAUCUGAUUGGAGAUGGAACCUGGUUGGAAUCUUGGCCAACAGAAAUGCAGUGCCAAAAUCAACAAUACCACAGACUCUGUCAGAACCUAGCAGAGUUUUCUGAAAUCUUAAUGAUUAAUGGCUGCCCGACUUAAUAUUUUUGUUUCAUAAAUAAUCGGUAUUAUUUACGUCCAGUAAUCCAAAAUAAAUAAUGCUUUCAUGUCGAAUGAUGUUGAAACUGAUUUAUCUUACCUGUGUACAAUGUUAUAAGGUAACCUCCUGUAUGUGACGACAGGCAAGCGCAAGACUCAGAAUCUGAAUUACAACGACAGUUCUUCGAAAUGUGUUUAUUGACCAAUAUGUUUGGCUAUCUACUUUACCUUGACUUUAUGCUACUCAGUGAGAUUACCGACAAUAAAAAGUAUUGAAAACCA